AUGGACGUCCGCCAGGGGCCUCCCCCGCCCGUCGCAGCGCCGCCGGCCGCCGUCUGGUCCGACCACCUGAGCUCGACCGAGUCCGCCGUCCUCCUGGGCCUCCCCCUCACGUCGCUCCUCGUGUGGCUCCUGCUCCUGCGCGUGCUGUGGCGCCCCAAGUCCGGUCCCAAGUUCCGUCUCCCGAAACAAGUCCCGACCUAUGGGACACUCGGCCUCGACGACGACCGCGAGCGCUUCGACUACGACGGCGACGCCGACGACCUCAUCUACGCCGGCCAAGUGGCCGGUCGCUACGACACGCGCUGGACGCGGACGUUCGACUUUGUCUUUGCCAUUGCAAUGCUACUGGUGGGGCUCGUGCUCGCCGGGCUCACGUCCAUUGUCGAGUCGGAUCUGUGGACCAAUCGGAGCUUUUGGACCUAUUUGGGACUAAAAAUGGUCCUCAUCAUGACUCUGUCCACGAUUGGCGGCGGCCUCUGUCGCUUUUUCUGCAUUGUGGACGACGCUGGAUACGUCAUUACCGAACGCACUUCGGCCUUUAAGGUCAAUUACACGCGCAAGUUGCAGCUCUUGGCCGCGUACCUCGUGCCGCUGGUCGUGAAGCCGAGUGCAGAGACGUGUCGAGAGUGCAGUGGACCGCUGGCACUCGCGUGGGGCGACUACGUCACGCUCUGCUGCUUUUUGCUGCUGAUUAAGCCCAUUCGCGAGCGCUCGACGCUGUUUAUGCUGCAGUUCAACUCGCUCGAUCGACCGGAAGACCGACCGCAUACGCUCAAGUGGAUCGUCGCGGGCAACGUCUGCCCCGGGCUGUUCGUGCUGCUGUUUUUCCGCUGGCUCUUUGCGCGCACGACGCAGGCGGAUCUCGUGUUCAUCCUCGUGUUCGUCACGAGCAUUGGCGACGGCUUGGCCGAGCCCAUUGGCAUUGCGUUCGGCAAGCACAAGUACUCGACCAACACGUGCUUCUCCAAGCGCAAGUACACGCGGAGCUUCGAAGGCUCGGCCUGCGUCUUCCUCUCGGGCAUGGUCUUUCCCGCACUGCAGUACGCGGACUUUGACACGCCCCUGCAGCUCUGGCUCACCAUGACGAUCCUGCCAUUUGUCGCGGCGUAUGCCGAAGCAACGGCGCCGCACACGAUGGACGCGCCCGUGCUCAUGGCCGCAACGGGGCUCGUGCUCUACGCCGUCAUCCACGUUGCUUGA